UCCUGGGCUCGGUGGAGUCCGGACCUCCGCGCCGCCGCGAAAGGCUCGCGUCCCCCGGGCACCGCCACUCACCCGGCGCAGAGCACCUGGCGACGCCUCGCUGCCCGUCUCACGUCUCUCGGCUCAUCGCUGCUCUGGGCACCAGCUGCCUCUUGGCUGGCGCUGCUGUCACACGGUGGACUGCUCUGGCCUUACUGAGCUGCCGUUUGGGGACAUCAGAUUCAGGUCGUAUGGGGAGAAAGGAGUGUAACUUUACAAAGUGUGAUGUGGAGACCCUGGCCUGUUGCCCAUUUCUGCCUGAUGUAAGGCCAACUAGGGUGGUGAUAAGGGUUCCGAGGCAGGAUUUAUGCAACAUUUAUGUAAAAUUGUAAAUUUUCCUUGCUUUCCAUUAUCUACGUUAAAGGGCGAUUGUGGCCACAUAUCCUAAAGGGAAAGAAUCACACUGCUCUGGUGGGGCUCCUCCCUCCUCACUGUGGUUAAUUAUCAUUUGGAACAUUAGGAUAUAUUUGAAACUGGCAGGACUCCCAGACCCCGAUAAUUGUCUGAGUGGAGGCAGCAGCAUACAAUUUCUUCGUAGUGUUUAGGUUCUGCUUUUCUUUUCUUUUCUUUCUUUUUUUUGGCUUCUGACCAGAGAUUCUAUUCACAGCAAAGGUUCUGCUUUUCUUUGACUUUCUCAGUAUUUUUUUUCCCAUGUCUGUUACCCUCACAAUCUCUUUGGGGCUGAUAGAGUGUUGUUAUUUGUUAUUUGUUACUGAGAAAGGAAACGAAGGGGUAAAUCACAGAACUGGGCUCGGCUGUCCCUAUUGCCCCGGAAUUGGGUUGUCCUGACUGGAUAAUUCAAACAUCAUUUUGAAAAGGUCAUCCUUUUACCAACUGAAACAAAUAACACCCCCUGGUCAUUCUAUACUAGUGGCUCUCCUGCCUGGCUGUGUGUUGUAAUCAUCUAGGGACCUUAAAAAAAAAAGCUGCUUCUUGGGCCUAUUCCCACAGAUUCUGGUUUAAUUGGUUGAGUGGGGCGCAGUUAUUGAUAUUUUUUAAAAAUAUCAAUAAGCUUCCACGAUGAUUAUUAAUGUUCAUGCAGGGUUGAAUACCACAACCUCUCAAUGUGUUCAAUAUUUAAAAACUAGCACUUAGUAUGGUGUAACUUACAUAACUGAUUUUAUUACUUCUCCACCUGCCAUGUAACCUCCAUGAAUACAUGGGGCCCUGCUUUGGAAGAAGGGCAAGGGAAGGUCCAGGUGAGUCAGCACUUUGGGCAUGUGGGGUUGGAGGACAUGAAGGAGAAGUGGCAUCUGUGGAAACAAGUCUUGUAGACUACUGUCCCUGGUUCAUCUUUUUUCAAGGAUUGACCCCAUUUGGUUAACCCAUCAUUGUGGUGGUCCUGGAUGGGUCUCCAGUUCUUCAUUCUGUAGAUCCUGCCCUGUUUCAAGGUCUCACUCUGCAUCCUAUGAAAUACAGCUACUCUUUGCAAAGCUUGAAAUAUAAGCAUUUAAGUGUAGAUACUUUUUAUGUAAAUCUGUGCUUUUGUCUCUUACUAUUCUUCUAAACUAUGUAUUCUGAACUAAAGUUGCUCUGACUAGUACAAUUACAUUUAUGUGGCUAACAGGUCAAACUAUUUAGGAUAGAGACUGCCUCAGAACUGGACAGUUCCCAUGCAGUUGUGUCUAAUAUAAUGUCUUUGUGGAAUGGUUGCCUGAGAACAUUAGCUCCCCAGGGGAUAUAGGGUUGCUGUCUAAUUUUCAUUGUUUAGUAUUGAAUUCAGGAAUUUCCUUUGUGUUACUGACAAUUGUAAAUCUAAAUGAUGUGAGCAACUACUUUGUAAUUCUCUUGUGAGAUGGGGUAGAACCCUAAUGGCAAUCUGGGAUUAUUGUCACAGGCCAUAAUGAAGUUAGAUUGGCCACUGUGAGUCUUGGAUAUGGAAGUAGGCUUAAUAAAAAUUUGGCAGAACACUUCCAGCAAAUACUGGGUUCCACAUGUAAGUCAGAGCAUGCAUUUAACUUUUUGCUUGUCCUUUGCACAUAUUAAUAAAAAUAAAACAUGAAUAAGUGGUGUUCUGACAUUUGAAAACAUGAUCACUCAAGUUUAGAUUCCUUGAAUUAUAACUUUUAUCUGUACAGAUACUUAUUUUUUUUCUGUAGAGGAAAACAAGAUCAUUGAAUCAUUGAGCUACAUAAUUAGUUUUUAAGAAAAAAACAUUUGGAGCUUUUAUCUUUGGUUUCUAUUUUUUUUCACUUAUAUUGCUAUUUAUAAAGUUUUGACCUGCAGCCAAGGUCUGAGAGUGAUUUGCCAGUUUGAAGUUAAUGUAUUUAAAUAGACAGUUACUAUUUCUUAUUAGUAAGGAAAAGGAAACAUUCCUAUCCCCACUCCUUCCACUGUAUCAUAUAUAACUCUGCCUGUAAAAUUUUACUCUUAAUUUCUACUAUGUUUUUUUAAACUUCAUUUUCAGUAUCUUUAACCAUUGUAUCAUGUGCAUAUUUCUGUUGCAGCAAGAAGAAUGAUAUAAAAAUGAAAAAAACAUUUAUGUGUGUUUCAGAUGUGGCAUGAAGAAAAUAAGGACUGCUGGUCAAAAUUGCCUGAGUUCAGAAUUUCCUGCUGGAAGGAAGGUUAGACAUAACUUCUGAUUUCUAGUUCCAGGAAGCAUCUCUUCUUGGAAAAUUUCCAAAAAAGAGUCUCGCUCUGUUACCCAGGCUGGAGUACAUUGGUGUGAUCAUGGUUCACUGUAGCCUCGACCUCCUAGGCUCAAACAAUUCUCCUACCUCAGCCUUCUGAGUAGCUGGGACUAAGGCCAUUGCAGUUGGUGAUGUUCUCUCAUCUCCUCUCUUUGAAGGAGUUCUUUGAAGAAAAAUGUGCUGCUUGAAUCAACUGCAGUCUCUCCACUACAUAAGAACUCUUAAGGGUACUAGCAGAAUAGAAGCAAAUGAAACUGAAAGCUCAUCUGCAGCUCAGAAAAACAAAAACAUGGAAUUUUAAAGAGUGAAGGUAGCCUGGUGUCGGCCAUGGGUGAUCAAGAUACAGCCAGACAAUGUGGACCAAUUUCUUCAAACUACGGCUUUUCUGCUGUCUGCUUGCAGUGUUGAUGGUGGUGGUGCUGGUCGUCAAUGUUACUCAGGUAGAGUACUUGGACCAUGAGACUGUUUCAGCCACAUUCAUCGACAGCAGUGGGCAGUUUGUUUCCCCCCAGGUGACAAGAAUUAGCCGGAAUCCCUACUGUGGCUAUGAUCAGCAGACCCUGUCCAGCCAGGAGCGCAUGGAGGAGGACUCCUUGCUGGCCGCCUUGCACGGACAGGUUCCAGAUGUGGGCCCAGUCCCCUUUGUGAAGAGCACUGACCCUUCUUCCAGCUACUUUGUUAUCUUGAACUCUGCUGCCUUCUUUAAGGUGGGAAGCCAGCUGGAGGUACUGGUUCAUGUACAGGAUUUUCAAAGAAAGCCCAAGAAGUAUGGUGGAGACUAUCUGCAGGCCAGAAUUCACUCCCCCAAGCUGCAGGCCGGGGCUGUGGGCAGGGUGGUGGACUACCAGAAUGGGUUUUACAAAGUUUUCUUUACUUUGCUAUGGCCAGGCAAAGUUAAAGUGUCCAUAUCUUUGGUCCACCCCAGUGAAGGGAUCAGAGUUCUUCAGCACUUACAGGAAGAUAAACCAGACAGGGUCUAUUUCAAGAGUCUCUUCCGUUCAGGAAGAAUUUCUGAAACUACUGAGUGCAACGUGUGUCUUCCUGGGAAUCUGCCCCUGUGUAACUUUACAGACCUCUACACUGGGGAACCCUGGUUCUGCUUCAAACCAAAGAAGCUCCCUUGCAGUAGCAGAAUUACUCAUUUCAAAGGUGGAUACCUGAAGGGUCUCCUAACUGCUGCAGAGAGUGCAUUCUUCCAGAGUGGUGUCAAUAUCAAAAUGCCAAUCAACUCCAGUGGACCUGAUUGGGUAACUGUGAUUCCCAGGAGAAUAAAAGAGACUAAUAAUCUAGAACUAUCUCAAAGCUCAGGAACUUUUCCCUCUGGGUAUUAUUAUAAAGACCAGUGGAGGCCCAGAAAGUUUAAGAUGCGUCAGUUUAAUGACCCUGACAACAUUACAGAGUGCUUACAAAGAAAAGUGGUGCAUUUAUUUGGUGACUCAACAAUCAGGCAAUGGUUUGAAUACCUUACUACGUUUGUUCCAGAUUUAGUGGAGUUUAACUUGGGUAGUCCCAAGAAUGUGGGCCCCUUCCUUGCAGUGGACCAGAAGCACAACAUCCUGCUCAAAUACCGCUGCCAUGGUCCACCCAUCCGCUUCACCACCGUCUUUAGCAGUGAGCUCCGUUAUGUGGCGAAUGAGCUGAACGGCAUUGUGGGAGGGAAGAACACAGUGGUUGCCAUAGCUGUAUGGUCUCACUUCAGCACCUUCCCCUUGGAAGUGUAUAUCCGGCGGCUCAGGAACAUCCGUCGAGCGGUGGUUCGGCUCCUCGAUCGAAGCCCAAAGACGGUGGUGGUCAUCCGGACGGCCAAUGCCCAAGAGCUGGGGCCUGAGGUGAGCCUUUUCAACAGCGACUGGUACAACUUUCAGCUGGACACCAUUCUUCGGAGGAUGUUCUCAGGGGUUGGAGUAUAUCUUGUGGAUGCCUGGGAGAUGACCCUGGCUCAUUAUCUACCACACAAGCUGCAUCCUGAUGAAGUUAUUGUGAAGAACCAGCUGGACAUGUUCUUGUCCUUUGUGUGCCCCUUUGAGACCUAGCCUGUCCUGGAAGGGACUAUAGGAAUCAUAUUCAAUGACCUUCUCAAUUGACCUGAGCUACGGAAAGUGUCCCCAGUGAGAGAUGACUGCCAUUAAUAAAUAUAAAAUUUCAAAAAGAGCUGGACUUUAUAUGAGGAGCUUAGAAAAUGCAGGUUACAUUUAUAUCUACCUAUAGGAUUUUAUCCAAUCUUGACUUAGCCAUGGUAGAACUCUUAUUAACAGCAUCUAUACACUGUAUUGCUCUUGUAACCAAAGAUGCUAAUGAGUGUAUUUGAAUUAGCUUCUUCUGGGAGGGGUGAUUACUUUGCUAAGGACGAUGAAACGUAUUCUGAUGGACGGGACAAUGGUAGUAGAGUGUUUGUAGCUUAUCUGGUAAAGGGAAUUGAGUGCAUCUGCAUGAGUAGCCCAAGUAGUCCGUCUUCUGGGGGUCAAUCAGAGGAAGCCUAUAGUCAGAGGCUCUUGUGAAUGCACUGAAGACUGCUGUGUCUCAGGAGUUUCUCUUGAUGAUCUACCUUUUCUGAAUUACUUGAUGAGGCCAAUGUGCUUGGUUUGCAUUUUACAGUGAGAAUAUUUGCAAUUUCCUGCUUUUAUCUAGAAAAGAAGCAAAAGGGAAUAGGAAAGCAGUACAUAUAAUAUCUGUUUGGAAUUAAUAUUUGCAUUUGGUGAUUGUUCUUUAUUUGCUCCAGCUAAAUUUUAUGUGUUGAAUACUUACUCUAGAAUGACUACUUUUGGAACUGGAAGGGGAAAUCUGUAAACAGAAGUUUAUUUUUAUGUUCUGAAAUUUGAGGGUUUUAAGAAUUGACUUUUAUGUAAUGAAUGCUAUUGUAUUAUAAAGCUGUGAAAGUUUUUCCCGCCAA